GACAGCAUUUUUGAUACUGUUUAUAUAUCAGAAACUGUUAAUAUUCCUAUGAUAGAUUUGAAAGUGUCAUACGAUAUAAAGUCUGUUAAUAGGAUUUCUGAAAAUUCUGAAAAUUCUGAAUUAUCAUGUAAUAAAAAACCCGUUACUGUGAGUAAUAGGUUUUCUGAAAAUUCAAAAUCAUCAUAUAAGAGAGAACCCAUUGCUAAUACUCCAAUCAUCUUUUCUGAAGAUAAAGACAAAUAUAGAGACUAUCUUACUAACUAUAAAUGA